GUCCCUCCAGGGAUUCGGUACAUGCGCACAAGACAUCAACUUUUUUCCCCUUAGGGAUUCCACACUUUCUUAAAAGGAACGCAAGCUCGAGUUCUCUGCAGGCACUGAUCGAACUACGGGCGUUACCAUGGCUACACAACGACCCAAUGGGAAGCUCGCGCUCCUCAGUUGCUGAAUGAAACAAACAGUGGCCAUUUUGCUCACGGAGCCAGGGCAUCAUUCACUAAUAACGAAACGGAAGCGGAAUAUUCGGACCAUUUUUGGACCAAAGCGCCUGCUGUAGACGGGCAGAGAGCUGGCACCGCGGUGCGACUGGCGCAUGUAAACGAGGCCAUGCGGCAUAAUUGUGUCGCCGCUCCGCCUUCUCCUCCUCCUGGGAGGUUUGUUUCCUGAGCUCUGGACAGCUUCACCGUGUUGCUUAUACGGGGCCCGGUGAGUGACCCUGAGAGCUGCCUUCGGCUAUGGUUGACCGACACCGGACAUCCACGCGCGUCGUUACGCAGGUGUAAGGUUUCAUCACUCGGAAGCUCUACUUCCAACCCCACAGAAACGCGCAGAGUGUGUUACCACUCCUGUCGACGUAGUCACUUGAGUUAUUUCAUAUGGAGGAGGAGGAGGGCGAUUUCAUUUAGCCUUGCACGGUUUGAGGAGCAAGGCAGUUGUUUUAGGGUAAGUACAUCCGCUUAUAGUCACCCUGCAACGCGUCUGUCCCGCGGCGAACCGCUGCUACGGCAUCUGUCUGAUGCGACAGACAGGUUAUUCUAAAUGUCCCUGAAGGCGUUGAGGAAAACAAUCGUCUCGACUGAGUGAAUCAGCCUCUUGGUGAUGCGGUUUUCUCGCCCGUUUCUAUAAAUGUGCAUUCCUGUGGACUGGACUGGUGUUUUCUGUGCAUCAGAAGAUGCGGUCGGGAUGGUGAAUGCUGCAACCACACGCUUUUAGCUGUGGAAAAGGGACAACGCUGAACGUAGGAAACAGCACUAGAAAAAGAUGCGAGUUUAACAAGCCUAAAAAUGUUAAACAUGACCUGAAAGAGCCAGGUUUAAUCCGGUGUUGUACACCCAAAAAUGGGUAUAAUGACUUCCAAUUUGUAUUUUCUCAGCGAUAGAUUACAUUAUUGCUCUGUGUGUAUUAUAAACUAUUUAACAAAUGUGUAGGAUAUAUAUAUAUAUAUAUAUAUAUAUAUCGCUUUAAAUAGAUACAGAUUUUUUCCUCCACAGUCCUCUUAGGUUGAGCAAAUGUUGAACACCAUACAAUACAACUGUGUCUCCCACCUGGGGUUGGGACACCUAAGGGAGGUCCCCACAAGAUUGCAGGGGGUCCCCAUAAAUAUUUAGUGCAGAGGUUUUGAGGUUAGCAAUAUUUGAUUUGUAAAAAAUUACAUUUCUAAAAUCCAAAUAACACACGCUACGUUAUGAUAAAAAAAAUUUAAUCUAAAAAGUAUAACUGUAAGUCUGUUCUGAGUUUAUAAAUGAUCACAUUUCAUUCCAGUAGGAGUUGGGGUUCGGGGGCCUGUCAUGGACACGGGCAAGGGGUUACCAUGCAAAUAAUGUACCAUAGAAUACCAUGCAAAUAAUGUACCAUACUAGCAUACCUACCAUACAAAUAAUGUAGCAUGUAUAAUCACAUAAUAUCUUAAUAUUGUAGAUAACUGUUUGAAUUGCUUCAGAUCAGUGUCAAAAUUGUAGUGGUUUUAUUGUAUCGCGUAUUAUUGGACACACCUGUUUUGAGAAAUAGAUGUGUAAAAUAUUUUUCUCAUUCUAAAUGUGAAACUUUCUAAAACAACAUUUUCAAUGAACUGCUGUGAAAGGUUUGAGUUGUGAUUAGUAACUUGUGUGACUAGCCAUUGGGUCUUAUGUCUAGCCAAAACUAAUCUCUGUUUCUCAAAACUAAUGUAGUUUAAAGAGCUAUUUACAACAUAAGUUAUUCCAUUUUCCCUAAAACCUGCCCCAGAUUAUCGGAACAAUGCCACAGAUCCAAUACUAACCUCUAAUGAGUGAAUGAAUUAAUGAAUGAAUGAAUGGAUGGAUGGAUGGAUGGGUGGGUGGAUGGAUGGAUGGAUGGUCAUUGUUGCAAGGAGACUUUGUACAACAAAAUUAAGAUGCAAGUAUUCCAGUGCUACAUAAAAGAAAAGCAAUAUGAGUAUAUAAAUACUACGACCAUAUAAACGCUACGAUAUAAAAACUAUGACCAUCUAAAAUACAAAUGGUAUGCUUACCUGAAUGUUUAGUGUUUUCCCACAUUCAGUAUGCUGAUCGGCUUUGUUGCUUUUUUAUGUCGUUUCUUACAAAUUGUCAUUUGCUGGUAUGAAAGCAUGACCUAAUGAGGAAAAGAUUAACGGACUAGUCACAAAGGAUGGUAUCUGCAUGACCUAUUUGAAUGUUAGGUUAUGGGGAGGGGGGGAUUCCAGGGUGCACAGUGUGUAACAUUAUCACUCAGGAAAACUUAUACCACUACUAAGGCUUAGCUGCUUUGUGAGUGUGUUGUAUGUGGUGUAGGCUGGACUGAAUAUUGUGUUUAGGCUAGUAUUUAAUGAUUUCUCUGGCCUGUGAGUGGCAAAGAGGAAGCAACAACCUGCUAUCUGUCUUAAAGAGGUCUGCAGGACCACUAAAGCUCAGUGGGGCUUAAACAUACACACUAAUGAGCGAUCAUAACAUUUGAACGUGGCCAGUGGUCACCAGGCCCUAAAAUCAAUCAGCUUUGACUCACUUCCAUCUGUCAGGUUAGAGUUACUAAGAUGGUAUAUAGGUGGAGAGAGAGUGAGAGGAAAAAAGCAGAUUAUACAGAAUCUGACAUAUUUUCUCUUGAAAGUUCAGAAUGUAUCACGCAGUUUUCCUCACUGUUCACAAUCUCCCUCGAACAUACUCGUUUUUAUUUAGAUUGUAGGACCAUUGUUGUCUUCCUGCACCAUUUGUCAGACCUUUUUGUCUCAGCUCUUGUGGUGUAGUGUGAAAACCUUACUCAACUGUUGAUAUCGCCAUAUAAAACAAAUCACUAUUUUGUCAGUAUUUAAAGUUCUCUGUUAUUUCCCUCUGGGAUUAAUAAAGUAUUUUUGAAUUGAAUUAAAUUGAUUUGAAUUUUGAAGUGAGUUUUGAAGGUAUCAGCAGUAGUAAUGCACGAUAUCAUUGGUGUACGGGUGAUGUGAUAUAAAUUUAGCCACUGAGAGAGAUUCUGACUCUACCGGCCAACCACAGUUGUGCACGAAUGUUGUCAAGUAGGGUUGUCACGGUAACCGGUAUAGCGGUAAACCCCGGUAAAAAAGUUGACAAUAAAAAUAACCGUCCAGUUUUUAAAAAACUAUAUUAUCUCGGUGGGUUUACCGUGGCCGCGGUUUCGGCGCGAUGACCCUUACCAGCCACCGUCGCUUCAGCUGAAGUUCCCGCUGCGCGCACACGCACUUUUUAGUUUGCAACGGCACCAAAACUUUGAGGCUGAAAUAAUGGCCGAAGGAGGCGACGGCAGCGCCCAGGACAUCCAUCAGCCCUCAAAGAAGACUAAAUCGGAAGUAUGGGCAUAUUUGGGAUUUCUGAAAAAUGCUGAGGGACAGUUAAUAGAAGACGGCUAUCCCGUUUGCAGAACGUGCAGGAAACAAGUGUCUGCAAAAGGCAGCAACACUUCAAAUCUCAUGGCACAUCUGCGUGACGAUCACCCACGUCUCUACAGCCAGUGCAAGGUAAGUUAACAUUAGCAUUUUAGCUGAAAUGCAUGACGUGAGGACUUUUGGUUGAGGGAGAAUGCAACGAGUCACUAUAUACUGCAGCCGCAGCGUCCUCUGCCAGCAUUUAAACCGUGUCACGGACACCCUGUUGCUGGAUGAAGCAUCUUAUUUGUUGAUGAUGAAGAGAAAUAUACAAUUAGUUCCUUGUCAUGGAUUUGUUUACUUAUUCAAUGCCAUUUAUACUUGAACAUUUGGAUUUGAUUACAUAGUGUAGUAGUUAUUUUAGUAAUUUGUUUAAAGUGGAUAUUUAUUUUAAAUACAUAUUUUUUAAGGUUGACUUGUACAGUGCUCAAGUCAAGUGUGGACUGGAGUUUUAGAUUUUCAUUUUGAUAAUGAAGAAAACAAGUAUAUGAGAAAACAAGUGGUGUUUCUUUGAUUUGUUUACAUAUUGUUUAUGUUUUGAAUGUUUGGAUUUGUAUAAUUUAAACCUGCACUGACUACUGUAACAAGUUCCAGAAAAAUAAGCUAUUUGUUCCUUUACUUGUGAAAAGUUGCACUUUUGCUAAGGCUUUGUGUUAUUUUAGGUUUAAUAAACACUGUUAAACCUUUUCAGAACUAUUUCAGUUUGUGUAGAACAGGACUAUCAAUGCUUUCUGAACAUAUGCAACACCGUUUAAAAAAUACCGCGAUAAUACCGAAAACCGUGAUAAUUUUGGUCACAAUAACCGUGAGGUUAAAUUUUCAUACCGUGACAACCCUAUUGUCAAGCUUCGUCAAUCCAGGACGAAAGCAGCAGCAGCUGCUGUGCCAGCAGGGGUCAGGUGGAUUGAAGAGCACUUGUAAAGGAGACAGAGUAACCUUGGGUAUAUGGACCUGGUUUGGGUUUAUGGAAACGGAUAUUGAGCAGAAUAGCAUUUUCGCUAAAAUAUUCUGAGCAACAGUGAAGUCUUAUCUGCGUUAAUAGCUCGUUCAUACUAAUUCCCCUAAAUGCGAUUUCUUUUAAAUACACAAUUAACACACAGGCUUCCAAACUUUCGGGACAUCUCUUGUGAUUUCGUUUGAAUAAAUUCCCACCCUCGCAGUUUCAGCUGUUUCUCCCAUUUAUUAAUAAAGCACAAGUCUGAAAGCGGCUCCUCUAACCACUGCAGCCCUUUUUGGUCAGUCAAAUGCAGUAAACAGAUGCUAAAAUAGAAAAAAGAAAUCUGGGCCCAAAAUGUGUAUGUGUACCAAUUAUAUUUAUCUAAACAAAAUGACGGCAAACGAUUAACUCUAAAGGUCUGCUUAGAUCUAAUUGGCCAAUGCUAAAAUGACUAAAAAUAAUGGAUUAAAAUAAAAAAAAACAAAAAUGCUUCUUUGACCAAACCUUUCAUUUCUAACCAAUUUUAGCUAUUCAUGUUCAGUCUUUAAUUUGUGGAGAUUGUUAUAGCGCCACCCAACAGUCACCCUCAAAGGAUGGAGCUCUUCAUUCUGUUCUAAAUGAUACUUUUUUUUUUAACUAAACUACUUUAAUGAUGUGAAAUCUCUCCACCAAGAAAUUAAAGGACCAGAGUCAAUGUUUUUUAGAUUCAUUAAGCCUGGUUCACACAGCAGGGCAAUUGUACAGAUUUUUGACUGUCAGGAUUAUCAUGCAGACUAAAGUUAAAGUUAAAGUCCCAUUAUUUUACACACGGGUGAAAUUCUUCUCCGCAUUUGACCCAUCCCCGUGGGGAGCAGUGAGCUGCAGCUGUGGCCGCGCUCGGGAACUAAUAUCUGAUAUUAAUCUUAUCAGAUAAUCUUAUCAGACAAUCUUACCUAUUGUGGUUUGUUACGAGCGCUCUGGUCUGCUUGGAAAGACGCCAGGACUGCUCCGAUCAUAAAUCUGGGCUAUCAAACAUGUUGGAUUGUUUUAAUCUGAUUUUAAGGGACAAAAAACUGCUGCCUGUUGAAUGUGCCAAUGUUAAAGUGAGGUGAUGGAAGCGCACAGCACGCUCUUCCUCCACCAUGUUUGUUUACUUCAAAGUCCCGUUUUAUCUCAUGAAAUUUCUCAUCUGAGUGGGGGCAAUGUUCUUGAAUGAAAUCGGCUAGUGUGUUGGAUUUGCUGCAGGCCACACACUGUAGGACCAAAACUGGUGUAUCUGUGAUUUUUUUAUCACUAUCUGUGUGGACUCUCACCCCUACUUAAAACUGGAAGCAUCAGCGUUGCAGAACGGCAGCAGAACGUCUUGCUUCCAAUAGAAUCCAUUAUAGUCUAUGGGGGUGAUUCAAACCAGCUGCAAUGCUAAAAUGUUCAGGUGCGUACCAGAAGCAGCCCACCAUGCCGCUAAAGAUAGGAUUGGAUUCUAUUUUUUGCCACGAGCCGCUUCUGGGACAAUUAAUUACUUAACAAAGGGCUAGAAAUGAAAUGACACAGUGUAAAACCCCCAGUAAUUUUCUAAAUAAAAGGAUGCUAUCUCAUAUCUAUGUAGACUACAUCAAUACAUGUGACCUAACGGCUUAUUUACACCUAGCAUUGUUUGAAAAGUGCAACAAUGUGUUUUUAUGGAUUGAAUCCUGGCAGUGGAGAGGAGCAACAUCAUAUAUGACAUCGAACAGUGAUAUGAAAGGUGAUCUUCUUGUUUUUGGUUUGUCGACAGAUGGCAUAAACAAAUCGUUACCAUUCAAGUUGUAACGGUCAUAAUGUGGCCAUUACAAAGUCUCAAGAGAUUUUGUGAUCUUGCGAGUCAAGCGAGGAGCCUGGCAGAGAAGCUGCUCUGUGGCUGAGAUUCUCCCGUUGUGCACUAGCACACAGCCAAAGUCGCAAGUAAAUGUUCCGCUGCCAUUCCAUGAUGCUGGUGCCUCCAGUGUGAAGUAGGGGUCAUGCUUAGAAAAUCAGCUGAUUAUUUAAAAAUCCUGCCGUGUGAGCCAGGCUUUAAAGCUGCAAUAGCAAAUUUGGAAAAUAAAUUUGCUGUAAACAUUUUUUAUGACUCUUAACAACGUUCUAACAUAGUAUAGCUAUAAAUAUGUUGUGGAAAUUUAAAAAAAAUGUAAACAUAAGUGAUUGUCUUGCAUUUGUCUAAAAUCUUCAGCCAGUGACAGAUUUCGCACUGAAAAAAACUAUUGGACCAUCCGGUUGUCGGCCACACUGAACCGCCACACUGCACUUUCCUGGGUCCUCCUCUCAUUACACCCUUACGUAUUUAACUACAGAACACCACUGGCGUGAGAGGUUCUCCACUCAAUAAUAUCAGAGAAGGAGAAACAGCCGGCUGCUACCACUUCAACUUUAGAACAAGUUAGCAGAGUGUCAAAAAGAAAACACCAUUUGAAGUCACAAAACAAAAGAAGUUUGGACGUAGAAAACAGUGACUGGUGUUUAGCGCUAUCUCGUUUCCUCUUGAAGUGCAGAUGUCCGGUUCCAGCAGAAGCAUCUCAGGUAAGAUACCCGAGGAGAGGGGUGUGUGUUCUGUGUUUGGGUUCCAAACUGAAAUUUGCUAUAGCACCUUUAACUGCAGGACGAUUUAACAUUUCAUUUAGGUUUAGUUUUUCUAGUCUUGUAUUCUGUCCCCAUUGAGUGAUUUUUGUUUGACGUCAGAUAUCUCGACCACAUUGAAUUUUACACCAUUUGAACAUUUGAAGUUGAUCCACUUAGUAGAAAGUAGUUGACUGUCCUGCUGUAAAGGAGAAACAGAGAGUAUGAUUAGUGCACAUUGUUUACAAAUCAGUAAUGCAAUGUUCCGUUGCAUUUUUAUUAGUUUUUUUAACCCUAGGAUGUUCUAAUAAAUUGUGCUCUGAUAUAUUUUUAUUACAACAAUGCAUUUGCUGGUUUGUGUUCUCACAUCAAAUCAUUACAUUAUAGAAAGAACCACCUAUUCACACCUUAUAAUCCAUAGUAAUGUAUAGAAUCAGUCCUGCAGCUGUCUCUGCUCUUUGUUUUAUAUUUCUAAGGUUUACGUCUUUUUAAGUGACAGACUCUUCGCUCAGCUAUUCUGCUUUUUAUAUCCUGCCACUUACUUAACUGGGAAUGACAGGGCCUUGCAGUGGCUGAUAAUGAACGAGGUGUUGAAAGUGUGCGGCUGAGGCCAUGUCGAUGCAAAUACUGUAGUCUGGAGUGGCUCACAGGUCAAAGUGUCAAUGUGUUUGGAUUGGAGUUUGUGUCAAAUAUAGUUUGCUCUUGUACUUUAAAAAGCACAGCAUGAAGCGAAGAAUGAUCACAUUAGUGUUAUUUCUUCAUAAUUUCUUGGUCUGAAGGACGAUGAUUUGAUCCUGGUACCAACAUUUUAAGAUUACAUUUCUCCGAUGAAGAAGAACAAAGCAUUUUUUUGUGUUGUUUAGAUGCUUUUCUGAAAAUCCACUCAUCGUCUAUUGCAGAGUGUCAUUAGAGUAACGUAUAAAAGCUGAUAAUGUUUGAAACUGGACUUUCAGCACUGGGCUUCAUUGGUCCCUUGGUACUGUUCUGAUCCAAGCUUCCAUCAUUAGCACUUGUCAGUUGUCAGCUUUUCGCCAUACCUCAGUGAUCCUCGGCACGUGACCAGAAGUUUCUGGGAGCCAGGUGCUGUUUUACUGUAGUUAUAGAUGGACUAAGCAUUUCAGUCUGACGCUUUACAUCUGGCCAGAUCUAUCUGUACUCAUGUAAAUGAGAUUUUUUUACAUUACCGCUUCCUUAUAAGCAUAAUGAAAGCAGGUUCAGAUAGUGUCGAUCCAUGAUACAUUUGUACGGCAGAAAAGUUGGCAGCUUGUCAGCACCUGGCUUAGCCACUGAUGAGGUUUUGUGUUUUAUACUGGAAUAUCUCUCGCUAACAUGUUUGUUUUUAAGACUUGAAACAGAUGGUCCGUUUAAGAUGAAAGUCUAGACGUAAAUAGAGGUUUUUAGUCAGGCCAUGAAAGUAAAAGAUGUUUGCUGAAUGAGUCAUCUAGUAAAGUUGAAACUAAACAGAGAAAGUCAUUAGUAGCUGUAAUGAUCACAGUUGUUUUGCCUUUCAGGACUCACUUAAAGGAACAUAAAAACUGUGAAUUCAUGACUGACAGAGUCUUCCUGAACAUUCCUCUGCAGUCGUUUGAUCUGAACUGACUCACGUCUCUAUUGUUUGUUGCUGAAUCCAAGCUUGAAGGGAGUAGAUGGCUGUUGUCCAAAUAGCAUUUUGCACAGUAGCGGUCUUGCCGGUUUUAGGUAUCCAGGCUCUAAGUAUGAGAUGCUAAUAGCUGUAGUUACAUCAUCAUUCUGGGAAUAGCAGGGAGUCUGUGGUCUAGAGGUGCAGCAGGCUGACCUCUCUUCUGUGUAUAUCCAGCCUGCGUAUGUAUGUGUGUGGUCAUUUCCAAAUAUACGUUCCCAUAUGGAUUACACAGCAGGGACAUUAUUACUCAUACAGGUUAGAUGGCACAUAUUUUGAUUACCAUUUGCCACAUGAUUGACUGAUUCUUGUUUAUUGUUUUGGGUGAAAUGUCAAACAGUGACGCUAUAGAGAUCUGACCCCUCUUGACCGGCGGCUCAACCGUCAGCAAUAAACCAUGAAAAGAAAUCUGGUGUGAGAAGAGUUGAUGUUUCCGUCUGUUUCUGUGUGGCAGAAUCCACGUUAUGUCUGAGAAGUGUGUGACAUCCAAACCUGGGUGGAGAAGCGCGAAAGCUCUCAGGUGUAGCACCACCUGAAGAAGUCCAGUGCGUAGCAAAAGAGACCGAGUUUGUGCUCCAGUACAGUCUUUAAAUGAAUGAACAUAAUUGGUGGCAUGCAUGAUAACAUUUGUGCAAGUGGUAAAAAAGAGAUAGUCAGCCCUGUCACUUUGCCCCCCACCCCCCACCCCCCAACCCCGCCUGUCUACACUUAAGGGGGGCUAACUUUCCAAUCUCAUAGACAAGCAUGCCUGAGUCUGAAAAUAGCUGUAUCUGAUCACAGCUUCGCCCAAACAGGGAACUCUCUUCCCCCGUCACUCCCUCUCUGUUGUCUCUGUGCUUCCCAAGCAUUAAACGGGGGAAAGAUCUGGGAAUAAAGGAGGAGACACUGAUCCGGAGCGGAGGGAAGAACCACAGAACAGCAGAAGCAAAAAGAGAGAGGAAUUGUAAAGUCGUACUUCAUCUUUAUUUGACCCUUCACAGCAAGUUUCCAUUCUUUUGGUUUUAUGACGAAAAGUGUGUCCCCCUGCAGUAGAUCAGUGAGAAGUACUCUUCAUCAUGAAUACAGAUAGUGGAGGACACACUCGCAAAAGCGUGGCCUUGUCCCUCACCCUCUCUACCAUGAAGAGGGUACAGAGCUCACCAAAUCUAGCCACAGGGACCGAGUCUCACUCGUCAGACAUUGCACAUUUCUCUCCAGAUUCUUGGCGAUCUCGCAGUGCAAAUGAUGGUUUUAAGAAUGGAGACGCCACCAGCUCCUCGCUCGCCGCAAAAGGCUUCCGAAGCGUUAGACCCAACCUACAAGACAAAAGGUCACCCACACAGGAUGCCAGUCCCUUGCCCCUGCCACCCCCCAGGAGAGAGAGCUUUCACUUGUUGUCCCCUGGCACCAGUCCACCAGACUACAGCAUUGAUCUAGCUAACGACAUGAGUCCCGGAGCCUUAACGUUGACUAAGAAUGACAGUGCAGUUCUGAAAGAGUCCUACACCCUUAGCAGCAUGUCCUCUUACUCCUACAAACAGACAAGUGCAAAUGCAGUCCAACAGCUUGAUCCAUCCACAGCUCCAAGUGAUAUUAGAAACUUCGGCACAUCUGCCACUGCUAAUAAAGAGAAACGUAAAGUUUCUUCCCUUAAACUAACCCCUGUCACUGUCUCGGACCCCCCGGCUCACUUUAACUCUCAUUCUAUAACUGAGACUACAGAUUCCCCUCUCCCACAAAAAGGUCUGGUCCCUUCCCCACCUUCAUCACAGAGUACUUCACUUUUUGUUCACUUGGGCAAAGAGAAUCCAAAAAAUCCUGCUUCGCUGAUUUCAAAUCUAAAAAUGGAAGUCAAGGUCCCAGAUCUGAAACAGACCUCAACUCCAGCUUCCCCCGAGGUGGAGAUGACGAAAGCUCCUCCAGCAAUUCCCCCAAGACCUUCGCCUGCAGAACUGUUGGGUCAGGUCAUCUCUCAUGCUAUGAAUGGAAGUGCUGGUAAUCCACAGCGGCCCUUGUCUCCCCCAUCAUAUCCGUCUCCCCCGGCCUUGCUUCACACUGGGCUACUGAGGCAGAGCAGAAGCUCCGAGGGCAGUGAGUCCUUCACCAGAGAGUCGGUCAUUUCAGGCCACACCAACAUCAGGAGCACUGUGCCCAUCGCUCGCUUCUCAGAAGAAGAAAAGAAGGUGUCUGUCAUUAAAGCGCCACAUUAUGAAGGCAUCGGUCCUGUGGAUGAAUCUGGAAUUCCUAUUGCCAUUCGCACGACGGUGGACCGGCCGAAGGAUUGGUACAAAACGAUGUUCAAACAGAUUCACAAAGUUCACAAAGCAGAUGAUGACUAUUCUGACACAUAUAGUGCAACAUAUGCUUUCAUAAACAGUGCAGACGACCACAGCCUGUCAUCCAGCAUUACCGUGGCCCACCCGCCCCCUCGGACACACACGUACAGGCCUCUAUCCAAAAGCCCCUCGGACAACGGAGGGCAGCUGGGAACUCGCGAGCCUUCGCCAUCCCCAGUGCCCCCACCACCUCCUCCCAUGGCUUCCCUCCUCCAGCUCAGAGCCAGAGACAGUGAUCGUGAAAAAGAUUCACCAGACACAAAUGAAUGGGGUCCUCCAGACAGGAAAGUGGACACGCGGAAGUAUCGCGCAGAACCCAAAAGUAUUUUUGAGUACGAGCCUGGCAAGUCCUCCAUUUUGGAGCAUGAAAGACCAACCUAUGAUGAUGUAGAUUUAGAGAACGAGCCUUGGUAUAAGUUCUUUUCCGAAUUGGAGUUUGGGCGGCCGCCUCCUAAAAAACGACUGGAUUAUAAUCCAGACAUCUCCACUCGCCAGCGCAUUGAGGCAUCCCUCCACGUUGCUCCUGCUGACAAGGCUUUAGAGAGACCUGCAAGUGCUGCCAGUGACUACAGGAAAAGAAGGAAGUCUGAGCCGUCAAGUUCCCAAGUGAAUGCUCAGUUUCAGAGCAGAGCUGCAACAUCCCCUAAACCAGUGGAAGCCUACAGAUCGAGCAGCAGCCUAAAGAAACCUGUCAUUCGUUCCUCACCAUCCUCACCCUCCAGAGCCAAAGGUGGGGACGCAUGCAACAUUUAUUUAAACAAUAUGUCCACCCCAGGGUCUUACGAGAGUACAUCUCUCCCUCCCAUCCCUUUUGACUCUGAUCGUAUCCACGAAGAUGCCAAUGAGGAAGGCAGCUCUUCCUCGAAGCAAUCUGUCUUUUGUUCAAACAGUUGGCCAACAAAAAGCCAGGAUGCUGAGGCAUGGAGCAGUGCAGAAGAGGUGUCUCCCUCUUCUGGCAAAAUCAAGUCACGCAGUUGUGAUGACUUACUCAAUGAUGGGCAUUCUGGUACAGGCGGUCAAAACGCCACACGCUCGGAAAGUGUUGGGUCGCUGAUGUGUGACGGAAAUCCCUCGACAGUUUCGCCGUCCACUCAGUCACUGCCCCGUCCCCAUCGGCGACGUGCGCAUGAUUCUCCAGGUUUUCUCCAGCUUUAUCGAAGGAUGCACCAGAUUGAUCGAGCUCAUCUGAUUCCAUCUGACGUCAUCCGUUCUGUUCGCGCUCGCAUUCUGGAACUAGAGCGUCAGCCUCAUCUGCAUCACCAUCGUCUUUCUCCUUGGACCCCUUCUUGGGGUGUGGACGUGCCAAGGGAUAUGGUGCCAAAUCGCAUUUCUGAAUAUGAGCGUCUUAUUCAGAAGUCCAAAUCUAUGCCUAAUCUGGGUGAUGGAGAGGUGCCUUCAGGCACCACUACACCAGGUGGCUCAUCAUCUCGUGCCAGUAGUGCUGGUGGUGGCACACCUAGUUUUCCAAAACGUCGUUUUUCAAUAGAAUCUUUGCUAGAGGAGGACAAUGGCAACACUAGGACUGUACCUAAAAACAUGGAUCACAUACCUCGUAGCCCACCAGAAGGCCAGCCUCGUGUUGGGCCAGAAACUGCACGUGGCCAGUCAUUUCCUGCUCCUCCUGUUCCUCAAUGCCCGCAAGCUAAUCCGGAUUAUUCAGACAGUGAACAGGAUGCAAUCGCAUCUGACCUCAGUGAUUUCAUUCAGGUGGAGGGUUCUUCAUUUUGUAGUGAAAGUGAUUUUGACCAUUGUUCUCUAACGUCAUCUGAAAGCCUGUAUGGAUCUUCCACCCUCCACCAUCACCAUCUUCGUCAUCACCACCACCAUCAUCACCAUCCUAGUCACCAGAGUCUAGGACAGAACCAAGGUUACCAACACCGCCACCUCAUCAGCUCCUGCAAAGGUCGCUGCCCGGCCUCGUACACCCGCUUCACUACUAUGCUUCGCCAUGAGAGGGAACGAGCACGACAAGAAAGCAAGAGACAUUCAGAGCAGAACCACGACAGCCAUUCUCAAAAGCAGGCCUCGCAAUCCCAGCAAGCAAUGUCCAAGCUGGCCUUUCUGGUCAGCCCAGUGCCUUUCCGCAGAAAAAAGGGCUCACCACCUACCUCAAGAAAAAGCAGUGGUGGCGGAGGUCGAGGUAGCAGGCCUAAGUCAAAACAGGCCAUUUAUGAAGCACUAGAUGCAGCCUUGAGAGACAUUUAUGAGCACAUUCAAGCAGAGAGAGGCCACAGAAGCUCAAGGCCACCCGACGAUAGCAUUCUGAGGAGAAUCCUGGCUGAACUUCUGCCAAGCGUGCCUGAAAGAAGCUCCUCUUUGCGAGGAAGGAGGGGUUGCUGGCAUGAGGGUAAUUCCUCUACGUCUACGUACCCUGAUGGAAGCCCUACAGGUUUUGCGACAUACAGAGGAGAACCAUCCACACCAACCUUCCAGUCCCCACAAUUACAGUCACCAGUCAGUGCCUGUUACGGACGACUUUUGGAGGCCUCAAACAAUAAUGAGUAUGGAGACGAGCAGGGUAAUGGAAACGGUCUCUGUUAUUCAGACCAGGAUGUCACGAGGAGUUAUUCCACACUAGAUGGACGACACACACCUCAGAGCAGAAGGCCGACUCCUGACAGAGAGGUCUCCCAUAAACAGAUGACACAACUCAUUCUGUUCUCUCUCCUCCAUCAGAAACAGCCUGCAAGAGCAAUUUAUGAUUUUAAGGCACAAACAGCUAAGGAGUUGACUUUUAAAAAGGGUGAUGCAGUCAACAUCAUCAGGCAAAUCGAUAACAACUGGUAUGAAGGAGAGCACAGAGGACAGGUGGGGAUUUUCCCCAUAGCAUAUGUGGAGAAGAUCCCAGUGUCAGAGAAGCAGCAGCCAAUUCGACCUCCUCCUCCAGCUCAUGUUCGAGAGAUUGGAGAGGCUGUGGCACGCUUUAAUUUCAAUGCUGACACGAAUGUGGAGUUAUCACUAAGAAAGGGGGAGAGAGUGAUUGUGCUGAGGCAGGUGGAUCAGAACUGGUUCGAGGGGAAGAUCCCCGGCACAAACAAACAGGGCAUCUUCCCUGUGUCCUACGUCGACAUUGUCAAGCGCUCACCGUCCAAGAGCUCUGCCCACCACAUAGAUCCUCAUGGUUACCAUGAAAACAGGACACCGAGCUCCACUCCUGUCAAGACGCUCUACCACCUGCCCCCAUCGUUCACCACUCGUGACCACGCUUUCCUUCAACCCUCUCCAAGAAGGCUUGACCUCCAAGCCAUCACCAAUGAGUGGCUGUCCCUCACACUGGACCCACCAACCUCCACUCCCACUCGAUCUCUCACAACCACCCCCGUGCCUCCCACACCUCCCCCUCUCCCCGCUGACCUCACCUCUUUUCUCAGAGCUCAAGAGCAGACAGCAGUCUCACCCACCCCAUCACACAAAGGCUUAACUGUUUCAUGUCGGGCACCUUCCAGAACACCACCUUUUACAGAGAGAGGAGGUUUACGUCACACCACUCCUGUCCUUCAUUUAUCCCGAACGACUCCACCCCCGCCGCCUCCUUCUCCUCCUCUUCCCCCACACAACUCUCAUUCAUCGUUCACCUCUUUAAUGCCCGGUGCUUCACUUCAACAUAACAGUGGCAGGUGUUUACUUAUCUCCGAAGGUGUUCAUAAGCUGGAAAUAUUGCCUCAGACAGUUCCCAUAAAGUCAUCCACACAAUAUCAAGAGCUGCACAAAUCAUCUUCCCCUGAAAACAAAAGCAGCAGAGUGCCUGACAUCGAGCUGCAUGUAGACGACCCUUAUGACAACCUGCUGUCUAUGACUGUGGAUGAUUCCAGCUCUGCAGUUGGUGGUGACAUUUCAAAAUUGCCAUCAGCUGACUCCCCAUGUGCCGAACUGAUUAGUGAAUCUCAGAACAGAUGGUUACAGAAAACAGACCAACAAUCCCAUCAGCCAGAGAAGAAACACUCACCUGACAGCGUUCACAUACAGCAGUUCUUCAGGCCCGUCACUAGGAAGCCGCUACCUGCUGUGCUGGGUGAGGAGUCGAUAUCUGUGAAAAAACAAGCAGCUGAUGCUCAGAGGCCACCGUCAGUAGAAGGAAAGGCACUCACGGAGUUAUUCAUUGAGGAAGAGGAUGAAGACAUGAAGGACAAACAGGAGAGUGUUAGAGUUUUCAAUGAGAGAGUCAGUCCAGAGGUCAAAGUUGCCUCUCUGACUCCGUUACCUCACUCUGCUCUUCUCAAACACUCCACGCCACAACCAGUGACUUCCGUACUCCCUCCCCCUUCUCCGUCCGCUUCACCCCGAUCACAUCAUAACCACACCACCAUCCCUGUCUGUCCCCCCAUCUCUCCUCGUCCCCCAUCCCUCCCUCAGUUCUCAACGUCUCCCCUUCCUCCCAUGUCUCCCUGUUCAUCUCGCUCCGCCACAUCGUGCCCCGUCUCUGAGUCACCCUUCCUUUCUCCUGCCCCAUCUCCCCUUAAAGCCUCCUCCCCUCCCCUCUCCUCUCCACGAUCUCCCACUUCUGCCCCCACUGUGUCACACCCAGGACGUAGGUCCCCCAAGGUGAAGCAGGAUCCAGUUGUUGGUGGUAAACCUCCUCGUAGCCCCAUCUUGUCCCGGAGGUCCUAUCUGUCUCCCGUUAGGGGUCGAAGGCGGUUAGUACAGGAUGCGCUACAUGGCGGGGGAGACCCGUACCAGGCCCUGUACAACUACGUACCUCGCAAUGAGGACGAGCUGGAGCUGAGGGAGGGAGACGUUGUUGAUGUGAUGGAGAAGUGUGAUGAUGGCUGGUUUGUUGGGACCUCUCGAAGGAGCAAAAUGUUUGGAACCUUCCCAGGAAACUACGUGAAGCAGAUAUAAAGAUGAUUCCAGGCACUCUCCCCCCUCUCUUUCUUUCUCUCUCCCAUGGCUCCGCCUCUUUUCUGUGACUCGUUCACCGCUGUCAGCACAGCACCUAAAGGACACCAGAAACCUGAAGCUGCAGCACACCUCGUACCUGCAUACACGUGUGGCCGAUUUCUUAGCUCCAACUAGCCAACUUUAACGGAAGACUCCUAUGAGAUGAUGCUGUUUUCUAAUCUUGACUUUUUACAUUUAUUUUUCUAAUAUGAAGAAUCUGAGAACUGUGUGCUCCAGUCGGUGACCUUUUACCUUUUGAUGAAAAACAGAAGGAUAUGAAAGGACUGCAGUGACACUUUAAUUUAUUAUUAUUAUUAUUAUUUUUUUUGCAUUUUAGCAGCUAAAGAACAGCAAAUUCCCCUCUGUUUAUCUUUUUUGUUUUUAUUUUUGGUUAUUGAAGUCAAAAUCCGAGAUUUGUUACAUUUAUUGAUCAUUUCAGUGUUCAGUUACAGCGUUUCCCAAAGCUGUUCAGAGCAAAAGAGUGUUUUAAAUACAAAACAGUAUUGUGACGGGUGUCGGAACAGUACUUUGGGAAUUUAACCAACAUAUCGGAACAUCGAUCCCCUCCACGCGUUUCCACCUAUAGUGUAUGAAUCCUAUCUGUAACCGAGGGUUUCUAUUGGUUGUUUAGAUUUCCUGCAUAAAUACACAGAGCCAUUUAUUGCAGAUGAUAAAUCUGAACUAGAAACCACACAUAGUUUAAUGUUAGGCUUUUCUUGUUUGUCAUUUUCACAUUCAGAUUGAUGCACUUUAACAAUAUCUUUACUCAGACUGGUGUAUGUUUUAUCUUAUGUCUCACCUCAGAUUUAACACGCUAGACGUUACUGACUGUGGAACUUCAGGAGACAUGUCACGUGUGGAAAGUGUAUGCUUACCUUUUAGGUAUUAUAUUUAUUAGAGGAUGAAAUGUUGAUCAAACUGUGUUGUGUGGUUAUGUUAGAAAUGAUGAGCGCCAUGUUGAUUUAUUUGUUGGGUUGUAGCAGCAGCUAACUUACAUUUGAGGCCGUUAGGGUCUUAAGGACAUGGAGAACCUGCUGGCUGAUGGACUACAACUGUCAGGUGUCCAAUAUUCAGAGAGAAAAGAGAAAUGAUUUUAUGGAAGAAAAGCUGCACUUGUGAAACAGCAUCCUGACGUCAGAUCGAGUAGGUUCAGGCUGUUCGUGUGGGUGCAUGUGGGUUUUAUUUUAAAGGCCAAGUUCACUGACCAACUGUUGUUGGUUUAUCGCAGUGUUUCUCAACUAUUUUCUGUGAAGUCUCACCUAGGAUGCAUUUGAUUUUUGGCACUUCUCUGCAAGCUGCGCAGUGACGCAGUGGUUAGAGCAGUGGUUAGAGCAGUGGGGGGGGUGCCUUACCUUCACACUCCACUAAUUGAGAACCACUUGUUUAGCGUCUAGGAGAGAGCACAUAACAUCUCAACUAGUAGAAGCUAACCAUUAGCAUUAGCAACUCCACCACAUGGCAGAACUCCUUCAGGUUUGUGUUAUUUGUGGAGAUGAAAUAUCAACAUUGCAGAGCAAAUGGAGUCAGUGGUAGAGUUGCAUUGUUUUUCGCCAGUCAGAUGCAAAAUGUCUGAAUAUCAUGAAAUAAGACUCCAAAUCCUGACGAGUUCUGCUCAUCUCUGUUGUGGCUCACUCAAACAGGAGCGCUAGAGCUUUUGUUUCCCACAGGUAUCGACUCACAAGUCAUUUAUUUAAACUAGAGACCACUGCAAAUAUAUUUUUAAAAACAAGUGAACUUGGUCUUUAAGCAAAUGCAUUUUUUCCCAUAUUAUUUCACCGUGCUGAGUAAACAACCUGUGUCUGUCUCGUUUUUGUUCUUUUCUCAUUUACACGAAAAAUGAACAUCAACAAAACUAUUGUUAAAGCACCUUAAGAUUUGCCGUCAUUCACAGUUUUUCACAUCACUUCCUUUCAUUCACCGUGUCAGCUGCUGUGAGGACACUUUGUGUAUGUUUGUGGUGUUUUUGUAAGCCUUUUUGUAUCCGCUGUAAUAUGGCCAAGCAUUCACUUACUUCAUAAACUCAGCUUUUUCUCACCCAUCAUCUCGUUUGGUUUCAUCUUUCUUCCCAUUUUGUCUUCAUCUGUGGAGUUCCACAUUAGGUCUCUUGUUAUUUUUUAAGAGCCAAUGAGGGGUUUAGAGUGAAUUUACUGUAGGUUAAGUGAAGUUGGUGACUGCUGCCUUAUAUUCAAUUCACUAAUUUAAUAGCCAUGUACAUGUAUAUGUUCUGUGAUGCAAAAAGAAAAACAAUAAUUUAUGUGUAUGUAGUCUAGAAAACAUGUUCAUGUAUGAUAGUGUGUAGAAAACAUGAGGUUUCAGUGCUUAAACACACACAGUAGGCAUUUGAUUUGAACAGAACUAGAGAUUUGAACUGAAAAUACAAUUUGACUCUUUGUUUUCUCGUGUAAUAAAGAUAUAAGUUGUAUAUGAUAUUCAUGGUUAAAUCAAACAUAACAUACAUUAUUGGACCUGAAGUAUUUCUACAAUAUUGUAGCAUUCCUGGAUGAUUUUUAUGAAGCUGUAAUAAAAUCUAGCUGGUUGAUAAUGUA